GCCUUCGAAUUGAUUGAAGAAAAGGCUGAAACUUUCGUUUUUAUCUUUUAUAAAGUUUACUCAGGACCCCAACCUGUCGGAGGGCGGGCUCGCUAGCGUGACGGAUGAGAAAUGGCAUGCAUUUGGAUGAAGCUCUGUCCUCUUCUGUUAUCACUCGUUCAUGUCUCAGGUGACGACUGCCUUACAGCCAUCUUUGGGGAGACGGUGCAAAUUCCCUGCUCUUUGAACACUACAGAAUCCUUAAAGGCAGAAGACAUUUCUGUCGAGUGGACAACAAGUGAAGGUCACAUCGUUCAUUCCUUUGUCAAAGGAGAGGAUAAACUGGAACAUCAGGACCUCCGGUUCAGAGGCCGAACGCAGCUCUUCACAUCUGAACUGUCACGUGGUAACCUCUCGCUGAGCCUGUCAAACGUGUUAUUCGCUGAUGAAGGGGAGUUUAAGUGCAGUUACUACGACAGCAGAAUCAGGGAUGACAACAGCAAACCUCAAUCUAAGCACUGCCUUCUAGUCGCAGGCCGUUACUCUGUCCCAUAUGUUACUAGAUCAUCUUCAGCUUCAAAAAACAGUGAGGUCAACUUCACCUGCAAGGCUGCUGGAGGAUAUCCUGAGCCAAAGGUCCACUGGUCAGUGAAUAAGGAGUUGUUUCAGGAGUCAAGCCGAGUAAAUACAAGAAAGAGCAAAGACAGCAAAGGGCUUUACAGCGUGACCAGCGUCCUGACUUUGACUGUGACAGGAAACGUGUCAGUGACCUGCAUUAUUGAGAAUGAGAGACUGGAAAAGAACGAGACAUCAGUUGAAUUUCAAUAUCUGACUCAAUCUGCCAAAGAGGCAGGCAUACCAUUAGUCCCAGUAGUAGUGGUGUUGUCAGCGGCAACGGUGCUUAUUACACUGGUUCUCAUUAUUAUUCUGAUGAAGAUGAUGAAGAAGAAGAAGAGUAUGACACAGAAUGCGUCAAGAGAAGACGAUGACAUUCAAGCACCACUGCGACAAGGACCGGACAAUUAGAAAAUGUCACAUUUACAAACUUGUAGCUGAUAUGAAAUACGAAGGCUAACUUCUGCCACUUUAUGUGCUCAGACUUCAGUGUUUGAACCAAAGAUUUUAAAUGAGAGGCUGACGUGCAAACAAACAUUCAUUUCGCUUCAGACCACCCUGAAGUCCCCACUGAAUGACCAAACUGGGAGCUGAAAGGACUUCGGCCACAUGAAGCGACUCACCAAAAAGACUCGGACUGCUCAUCACUCACCUCCAUUCUAAAGAGCUUCAUCUCCGUUCUGCACGUUGUUAGCUGCUCCCAUCUCUCAAGUCAAAGUGAAAGAAUAAUUCAAUCAAAUGUAAACUCUUUCAUUUAUAAAUCUGUGCCACCACUAACUGAUGCUGUCUACUCGCCACCUCCUGGCCUGCUUAUGCUUUAACAUGUCACAUUAAUGGCACUUAUGUUGUCUGCUCCAUAUCAUGUUUAUAUCAAAUUAUGUUUGUAUAUACUGUAGGAAAUAGUUUGCAUUGAGAUAAUUAUUGACUUAAAUGGUCAGGUGCUUUUUCUCAUGUGGGAAAUGUUUUAGUCUUCAAAUGCUUUGGACUUCAGGGCCUACCAUAGUUUGCUGGGUGACAUUACUAAUAAAAGUGCAUCUUUUAAAAUGAAAAAGGAAGAAGCCGGUGAGAAUAACAGAUGACCACAAUCAGCGUCGCAGCCCAUUUCUCGUGUUGGGAUUUACGUACACACUUAGGAUUAAAGUGGAAAGAGGCGAUGGUAAGAAGACAUGGGCCAUCCCACCUGUGGAUCUGUCUCAGUGGCGCCUCCAGUGUCAAGGACAGAAUAAAUAAAUGUGAGUGCGUCAGAGGGAUUGGUCUGGGGCUCCUAUGGAGUGGCCUUUGGACAGAUUUUAAUUCUGCUUUGCCAAGUCGUAAAGAAGGAUCAGACAGUUUAAGACGGCUGAUGGCAUUUAUUGGGUAACAUCGAUGGCCGUGUAUGUGGGUCAUGGUCUGGUGUGGGUUUGCUUCUUCUUUGAGGUAGGAUGUUACAUUACUGGCUCUAUCAAAAGGAAAAGAACGGAUUAAAUGACGUGUGUAUGUUACAUAAUACAAUAGCUGUAUCUUUGAUUUUAUGAAAUGUCUAAGUAUAAAAAGAUCAAACUGUGACUUUCAUGAUUCAAUACAAUAUAUUCUGUUUAGGGUAAAGGGGAUUAUUUUUCUGACUGUAAAUUGAAUAAUGUAAAAUAAAACAGUUUCCUUAUUAGAAACAUUA